GCCACAGCAGACCGACAGCGGGGCAGACAGUCGUACAGCAGCGGCAGCAUCCACUCUGUGACCGGAGGACGACAGCUCUCUCGGGGUUCGCACCGCCCGCACACUGAGCCUCGACUUGACAUCCCGCAACACCGCUUUUGAAGAGUGAGCACCGUUUCCACUGCGGGCUGCGGGGUCGUGAAGUCGCUUGUGUCAACCCCGUUUCCUCAGAGACGCACAAAAGACGCACUCCCGAGUCACCUGGAUAGCUGACAAAGCCGUCCGGUCCGCGACGAGGUCCAGCGGGGAGAAGUUACUGCGCAAAGGCGAGAGCGGAGACACGGCGCAGGCAGGAUGAAUCUCAAGAGUCAUUUGAUUUUCACCCUCUACACUAUUUAUGGGAUUCUUUUGAAAGGCAGCAGCGGUCAGUACCCACUGGUUCAGAAUAUGACGGUGACAGAGGGUGGGACCACGAACAUGACCUGCCGUGUGGAGUAUAAUGACAACACCUCCCUCCAGUGGUCAAACCCAGCACAACAGACCCUCUUUUUUGGGGACAAGAAAGCUUUAAGGGACAACCGGAUUGAGCUGGUGCAUGCGUCAUGGUCAGAGUUAACCAUUAGCAUCAGUGAUGUCACGCUGACGGAUGAAGGCAUGUACACCUGUUCUCUCUUCACCAUGCCUGUCAGAACAGCCAAAGCCUACUUGACGGUUCUCGGUGUGCCAGAGAAGCCAGAGAUCGAUGGCCUGACGAAGCCUGCAUUGGAGGGGGACCACAUCACUCUUACCUGCAUGACUCAGGGCAGCAAGCCCGCUGCCGACCUGCGCUGGUUCAGGAAUGAAAAGGAGGUCAAAGGUGCCAAAGAGGUGAAUGCAAGUGGGAAGACAUUUACAGUACGGAGCUCUCUGCAGCUACAAGUGGACAGAAAUGAUGAUGGAGUGGCCUACACCUGCAAAGUGGACCAUGUGGCACUCACACAGACACCACAGCAAGCCACUGAAGUACUGGAGGUCCACUAUCCUCCUCGUGUGCAUAUUAUCCAUUCCCUUGCAGUCCCCCAGGAGGGUCAGUACUUAAAGCUGGAGUGUGUGUCCAAAGGAAACCCUUCGCCUGAUCCUGUGAUGUGGACAAAGGACGGGGGUGAACUUCCUGACCUGGACAGGAUGAUUGUAGAGGGGAGGGAGCUCACCUUUACUUCACUCAACAAGACAGACAAUGGCACCUACCGCUGCGAAGCCGGCAACCACCUAGGGACCAGCAGUGCUGAAUAUGUGCUCUACGUCUAUGACGUCCCCACAACCCCGCCUCAAUCCACCUCUCCCCCCCUACAUUCCAUCCCUCCAGAUCCUACCGCUCUAUUAGGCACCCACGCCUCAGACCCCACAGUCACUGGCAACAGAGAUCCCAAUGCUCUGGGGCAGCACGGCACUGACCAUGCCCUGAUCGGAGGAGUGGUGGCUGUGGUGGUCUUUGUCACCUUGUGUUUAAUCAUUGCUCUGGGAAGAUACCUGGCCAGGCAUAAAGGAACGUACUUGACAAACGAGGCUAAAGGGGCGGACGACGCGCCUGACGCCGAUACAGCUAUUAUCAACGCUGAGGGCAACCAUGCACACGCAGAAGAAAAGAAAGAGUACUUCAUUUAGACUGCAGAGGGAGCUGUGCAGCUCUCUCCUUCCCCUUUCCCCUCUUUCGAUCUCUGUAUCUCUUUCUCUCUCUCUCUCUCUCUGUCUCCCCCUUUUCUUCUCCACUUCUGACCACUGCCCCCGCUGUGUCAACAAAGAACCCGCAGGCGGUCCACAGACAGAGAAGUUCCUUAAGUGUUUUCCUAUUAUUGCCUUUUUCUAUCUUUUACAUAUUGUCCUUUCUUUCUUUCUUUUUUUUUGGCAGCCGGUUUUCACAGGCAGCUUGCUGUUGCUGCCGAAGUUGUCCCCUUUCUCAUAUAUUUCCUCGUCUUUGACAUGAAUGCCCAGAAGUCUGUAUAACUACCAUGACUGCUUCUUACAUGAGCUCUUCUGCAUCUUCUCUCCUGUUUCCCUCCUAGCAGGCAUCCAAACACACACUAAAUCCCCUUUGUUCACACACUUUCACACAUAUCAUAUAUCACAUCAACACGGUGCCUAAAAAUACAGACGCCAUUGAACUUCUGUCAAUGCCUUCAUGUAUCGUCUGUCAGUAGCAAUGUAAAUGCUUUGUAGAUGGGUUCACUGGACCAUCAUUUCAUUGAUUAGCUCACAGCUUUUGAUUAUACAUUGCGUCUUUUUUAUUUUAAUGACGAUCUUUGCUGUUUACGCCUUAUACAUGUCUAUCACACUGAAUAUGGUACUUUUAGAUCCACCUCCCCCAACCCUAUCCCCUCUAAAUAGUCGUGUAAUUAAGCAGUUCACCCUUGUAAGAUAAGAAGAAGGUUUUGUGUAACACUGUAGCAAGGUUUGUCAGAUAAGUGUGUAAUAUGAUUUUCAUUAUUAGGGUAGGGGUAAUAAAGGGUAGUGUGGUAUUGUUUAGAGCAGAUAAUACACACAGAUGCUAGAUGAAGCAUUACGUAAAAUAAACUCAAUCAAGUGUAUAAAAACCAUUUGCUAAAUCUGCUGUACUUUUGUCUGUAUAUUAUUGCACUGCCGAGGCUGCAGUUUAGUGAAACGCCAACACCUUCAGUGUCCUCUUGACAGCUUACAGUAGUUUGUGAUUCACACAACGGGUUCAGGUGUACAGGAGGAAUGAAUCUCCUCGCUCUAAAAGCUGUAUAAAUUGUAUUGAAAUGAGUUUAGAAUACUUUUUUGUUUUACGUUUGUUAGAUUGACAUUUCUUUAAGGCUUAAAAAGGACCCUGUGAAAUGUAAAAUUAACCAUUAAGAGUUAUUUAAAUAAGUACACAGUUACAGUAUGAAUAUAGAAAUGUACUGUUGAAUUAAUUUCUUUCUCAAUCUUACACUAAUUACAUUUGCAUUGUCUUAUGUUGGUUACCUCUUGUAAGCUUGAGGUUCUGGCAGCUUUUCACAGUGGAUUAUGGACUUUCCCUGGCUCAUAGAUAAACAUCCAAUCUUAUUCAUAUUGUAUACAAAUAGUAUACAACAACAAUAAACAACAGUAAACAACAAUUUGACUAAAAAUUCCACCUCCAAAUCUGUGUUUCCAAGCUUUAAACUAUUUAGUUAAAAUGUCAAAAACUCGACUUAUUUUCAUUUUGUCAGAGUUGCUUGCCAUGAACUGAACUUUAAAUUUCCAUUUCAUGGGGUCUUCAAGCAAAAAAAGAAAAAAUGUAAAAUAGUGUGCCAGGUCAUAGAUCUGCAGGGGCCUCCUUUCCAAAACUAAAAACUGAAGAUAAAUAGAGAAGCACAAAAAUGUCUGAAUGAGUAACUGUGUUCCUUUGCCAACAAUAAGAUUGCCUUGGGAAUGGGUUGUCUAUUCAAAUGGGUAGUGGAAGGAUUACACGGUGGUCUUUAAAUACAUUCUAGGGGGAAAAAUACAGUGCAUCUUUUUAAAAAUGUAAGCUAAACAUGUUUUUCUUAAAAAUAUUGUAAUAGUUUUGGUUUAAAUGGUUCAAAUCUCCCUGCUGUGUAUUGUGUCUGCUAAAAUGUGGUUGAUUGUGAAAAUUGCUGUUAAAUUCUGGAUUCCUACAAAUUUGUAUAUUAGCCACGUUAUCUAUUUGCUUUACUUUUUCAUUGCAUAAUCCUUAUUGGAAAACUUUUAAACAAAUGUAUUCUGUUUUGGCACAAGGCUUGUAUAUAAUGGGUGAAAACUAAACUUUGGUAAUUCCACAUUAGCAUGUUUUUGUUUGGUUCAUAUUUUAAUUUAUUUGAACUGAAGUUAUUUAAGAGAGAACUACAAUGAAAGUAUGUGUGUAACUUAAUUUCGGAGAGCAGUGGCUUCUUGCGUUCGUGUCGUGCUCUUGGGUGCUACAGAUCGGAAGGUUUCGGUGUUGUAAUAGAUGUGAUU